GAGUGGAUGCUGCGCUAUAGGGGAGCAUCCACAGAAAGUUCUCUGGUUAAUAAAUUCUCUCUCUCUCUCUCUCUCUCUCUCAUGGAGCUCUCACUCUCGCCUUCAUCCAUUCGAAUUUCAGCUAUAUCUACUCACCGUACGACGCCUUGUCGCUCUAUAAGAUUACCAAUCAACCACACUUGCAUCUCUUCUCAUUCUUCAUUGAAAUGCUCCAAGAACUACUCUUUAGCUGAUUUGUGCAGUCUCAGAAGCUGCUCCAGAACUGGUCCUAAGAGUCACCAUAAGCGUCUUUCCAUCUGGGCCUCCUCACAAAGUGGUGCUGCUGGAUCUGAUUCAGUUCUGAAUAAAGUUUCUGAGUUCAAAAAUGCAUUCUGGAGGUUCCUAAGGCCCCACACUAUUCGGGGAACAGCUCUAGGGUCAACUUCUUUAGUAGCUAGAGCUUUGAUCGAAAACCCAAAUCUGAUAAGGUGGUCAUUGCUGUUUAAGGCCUUCUCUGGUCUGCUGGCUUUAAUAUGUGGCAAUGGUUACAUAGUGGGAAUCAAUCAGAUAUAUGAUAUUGGAAUCGACAAGGUAAAUAAACCCUAUUUACCGAUAGCUGCAGGAGAUCUUUCAGUUCAGUCUGCAUGGUUUUUGGUGUUACUUUUCGCAGUGACAGGCCUUUUGACCGUCGGGGUGAAUUUUGGUCCAUUCAUUACCUCUCUCUACUGCCUUGGUCUAUUUCUUGGCACCAUCUAUUCUGUUCCCCCGUUCCGAAUGAAGAGGUUUCCUGUUGUUGCAUUUCUUAUCAUAGCAACGGUCCGAGGUUUUCUUCUUAAUUUUGGUGUAUAUUAUGCCACAAGAGCUGCUUUGGGACUUACAUUUGAAUGGAGCUUUCCAGUGGCUUUCAUUACAACUUUCGUCACAAUGUUUGCACUGGUCAUUGCCAUAACUAAAGAUCUUCCAGAUGUAGAGGGGGAUCGAAAGUUUCAGAUAUCUACUUUGGCAACAAAGCUUGGCGUUAGAAAUAUUUCUUUCCUUGGUUCUGGGCUUCUGUUGUUAAAUUAUGUCGGUGCUUUAUUGGCUGCGAUUUUCAUUCCUCAGGCUUUCAGGCGCAGCUUAAUGAUACCUGCACAUACCAUCUUAGCUUCGAGUUUAAUUUUCCAGGCGUGGUUGUUGGAAAAGUCAAAUUAUACCAAGGAAGCAAUCUCAGGUUUCUAUCGGUUUAUAUGGAAUCUCUUCUACGCUGAGUAUAUCAUGUUUCCUUUCCUAUAAAGCGUCACUCUUCACCAAUGGGCUGUAUCUGUUUUUGGAAGGUUUCCGGCAUUUCAAAAUGGUGAAGCUAGAACAGAUUCAAGUGUCUGAAAAUAAGAAGUCAAGAGAAUGUUCUUGUAAUUGUUUUCAUUUUAUACUUUUGUAUUUUGCUUCUUUCUUUUCCGUACGUACCUCGUUGACGUGAACAUCAGCUCAUAUCAAAACAAUUUUCCAUCAAUGGAUGUAUGCAUGAAAAUGCAGAGCCCUGAGAGUUUUAUGGACCAUGAAAUGGUGGAUUUCGUAGUUUUACUGGAUGAGGAAUGGUGGGUUCUUCUAUCUAA